AUGAGAGUUGUCUUGCAAAAAGUAAAGAGUGCCUCAGUUAAGGUAAACGACCAAGUAGUUAGUAGUAUUGGGCCAGGAUUACUGCUACUUGUCGGAAUUAGGACCGAUGAUGUUGACUCAAACUCAGAUUAUUUUGUAAGAAAGUGCUUAAGUCUAAGACUCUGGUCGGAUGAAUCAAAUCCAAAUUCAAGUAAUCCCUGGAAACUUAGUGUUAAAGAAAAAGAUUUUGAGAUCAUGGUUGUUUCACAGUUUACUCUAUAUGGUCAUGUAAAAAAUGGAUCAAAACCCGACUUUCAUAAUGCUAUGAAGGGAAAGGAUGCACUUAUUAUCUUUAACGAAAUGGUAGAGAAGUUUAAAAAAUCACAUAAUCCAGAUAAAAUCAAAACUGGCUGUUUUGGGGAAGAAAUGGAAGUCAGUCUUGUCAAUGAUGGACCAGUUACCCUUAUAUUAGAAAACAAUAGUAAAAGUGAUGUAAGUAGCGAUAGGUCUAGUGUAGCAUAA